UGACGCGCUGCGGGCACGGGCCUCCCUUCACCAGCCUCGGGCCCCUCUCCCGGCGCGACGGCAUGGCUGGGGACGGGCCGGGGCCGCCGGUGAAAGUGCUGGCCGCCCAGCUGCGGGAGGCGGUGCGGGGCGCCGGCGGGACGUGGCAGCUGGGCCGGGAGGAGGCGGGUCGGGCGCCGCUGCGCCUGCGGGCCGUCUGGAUGCAGGGCACCGUGCUGGAGGUGGAGCGCGGCGGCGCGCGGGGCGGCUCGGCCCGGCUGCAGGACGGCAGCGGGCCCUUCACCGUGCUGGGGGUGGAGGAGGUGCCCAAAGGGCGGCCCUGCCUCAGCGCAGGGAAGUAUGUAAUGGUGAUGGGUGUCGUGCGGUCCUGCAGUCCUGAGCCUGUUCUCCGAGCAAUAAAGAUGACAGAUCUUUCUGAAAACCCUGUGAAUAAGAGUAUGUGGAGCCUUGAAGUGGAGGAUUUGCACAGAGUCAUCCCCUAGAUACUUUUUCUUCUGCCUGAAAUAACUGGAAAUGUACUUCCCCCCCGCCCCAUUUUUUUUUUUGGUGCAGAACACUGGGCCGUUCUGUAUAUUUGUGGUUUCAAACAAAUACCAGCUACUCUUGGAGUAAGCCCAAGAGAGAAACCGGGCUCAGAGUCAGGUGGAGGGAUGUGUGCAUAUCUUAUAAUAAUCACAAUGUUAAUCUCUUUUUAUGACAGCAGAUUUGAGAAACACUUAUUUGAUGCUUUCUGAGUAACGUGUAUGUUAUCAGGAAUACUACAUACUUCCAGAUAUGUUAGUUGCUGUUUCUAGGAAUGUGUUUAGUCAGUCAUUCCUAUAGUGUAUUCUUGGCAGCAGGAGCUGCACAGAACUUUUGUUACCAGGGUUACCACUUGAUAUGUGGAAUGAAGGGAAAAUGUGUUUCAGUCCAUGUAGAUUGUGGUUGGAAAUAACAUCUUCACCUGUGUUUUCUUUUUCAGUAAUAACCAUGUCAGUAAACUCUACUUGUAAGACAGAUGUCUCCUUCUAACUGUAAGCAGAGUCUUGUAUUUAAAUACUUGUCUGGUUUCUGUGUUUCUGAAAUACUGAAAGUGGUACAGUAAUAACUGCGUGUUCCAGUGAAGUGAAAUUAACUGAAAAGAUGUCAUGCAGGAUUCCUUGGAAUAGGUUCUCCAGGUUCAAAUUGCAAAUACUUUUACCACCUCAUGAAACAAGCUUGCUGUGCCUAAGUGCAUUUUUCUCUUUGACGGUUACCUCUCUUGUUCCAAUGUAUGCUAUUUUUAGUUAAGUCAUUCUUAAGUAUAUUUUAUUUUUAUCUUUCUUCUUCCUGUGGAAAAAAACCCAAACUAUGAAAUCAAAUCAGAAAACCUUUAAAAAGGUCUAUUUCCACUCUUGUCUAAAGAGAAUUUGAGUCCUAAAGAAAGCAUUGCAUUAUCCAUGUGGUAUGGCUUUGUAGUUUGGGACUAUAUUGUCCAGCAAUUCAAUUAUGUUAAUUAGGAAUGCGUAUAGGAAGGGAGGAUAUUCUCUGAUUCUACUCUGUACAAUUUAAGACAAGAAUCAAGUGGUGGUAACUAAACUUCAAAAUUGUGAGAUUAUGUUUUCAAAGCAUAUGGAAAGUAAAUACUGUCUUUUAAGUAGAUCUUUGAAGAGAUCUUUACUGAUGAAGGGCUGGAUUGCAGAGUGGAAUUACAGCCUUGAGUUUAGUAUUCCAAACCAGACCACAUCAGAGGCAGUUUUAUAAUGGCAGUCCUGUGCUCUGAGAUAAGCAUGCCAGUGUUGAUGAUCACUGAUGAAAUGCCAAAACACACAGAAUUUUGGCAGUCUGGGUUUAUUUAUUGUAUUUAAUGCUGGGAAAAAAACCCACUUUUGGGAUGCUGUAGCCUUUGAGAUGAUCCACAUGGUCAGCAUAUUGGCUAGCAACUGUUUUUAUCUGGCAAUAGAUACUUUUCCAUCUGAAUGCUUAUGUCACGAACCUGAAGCUUAUUCUACAUAAGUUCACCUUGCCAUGCUAACUAGGCAGUAAACCCCAGGAAAUAAAGAGCUAAAAGGUCUGCUGCAUCCUUGCUAGCAUCAGUAAAUUUAUGGCAGAAUUAAGUAUGUCUCGUAGCCCCUGUCAUACGUAGUUGGUAGGUGCACAAUGUAGUGGCUAUGAGGAGUGGAACUACUGCUAAUCCAUCUGGAAGUGAGCCAUAUUCACUGAAUACAUUUGAAAAGUUGCAUUUUUUGCCACCCUCUCCCAUCCAGAGGCUCAUGAGUCAAAGCAUCUGGGGUUUCUUUGCUCACUAGGUAAGAGUCUAUUCCAAGCAUAAGAUCUAGAUCUCUUCAUUGCUUGAUUUAGGGUGUUUCAAUAUCUGUCUGGCUCUGGACUGUACACUUGAUCUCACUAAAAACCCAGACAUAAACUGUGGUACCAAUCCUCUAGCAAGUUUCAUAUAUUUGAUCAGUACAAGCUAUAAAUAAUGCUUGGCAGUUGAUUGGAAGGAGAUCUGCUGCUGAAGCAGUGCUUCAGAAAGGCCUGCAAUUACCUUAGUAAACCAGUAACUUUUAAGUGUUUUAAAGCUAAGACAGACUGGAUGCUUUUAUGACAGUUCACAUUAAAAAGUGCUUUCCUAGGAACUAAAAGCAAAAGAUGCUCUUAGCAAAGUUGAAUGUCAAACUUUUAAACAAAUGACUUUGAUUGCUUUGACUUGGAGUUUAGCUGUACAUUUACCUAACGAAUGGCUGAUGCUGCUUAUGGCUGUUGGUGGCUUCUGUACCACCUAGGUUUGAGGGUCCAGCUGAAGUGCCUCGUCUCUGGGUUUCCCAGGAGAGAGAGGCAGACUAACUCCUGUGCAGCUCAGGACAGCUCUGCCAGCAGUUUGGCACCGUAAGGCUCUACUGAGUAGUGGGAAUUCUCUUUUUUCCACAUCUUAACUUGUGUCUCAAGUUCUACAGUGGAAUGUGGGUUUGUCUGUGAUUGCUGUUUCUGUUGUACAGCAUGUAACUGAGAAGUUACAGGGUCAGGGGCUUUUCUAGCCCUGUCUUGUGGAGGAGGAGGUCAAAGCUGGGAUCUUGUUCUAGAAGUACUUGGUAUUUAUUUGGACUGUGAAGAGGGCAGGAGAAUGGCUAUAGAUUGCAGAAAGGCUUCUGUGCCCUCUGCGUUAGCUCUGUCAUAACUGGAACAAACCAGGAUUUAUCUCAGCACAUACCAGUAUCUGGGGAGCUCACCUGGCAGAAACAGGAGGUUCUGUCUGUUUCAGACUCUCAGCCUGUGACAGAUCCUCAAAACCUCAAUUUUGCCUCUAAGUUUUGGGGCAUAAGAGUUUGUGUGGUAUGCAUAAAUGUCUGUGAACUUUAUAGAUGUGGAGUUUUUGUAUAUGAUUUAUAAAGGAUGUGAGUUGUAAACACUAAAAAUACUGACAUUUGGAAGAAUGACUUAAGCUCUCCAUGCUCCUGCAAGGACAGCUGGGUGUGGGUGGGUGUGUUGAAGUGCUCUGAUCUGCAGGAGUUACAGAGCAGGAAUUCCUGGUCUCUAGCAAGCCAGGAGGCAAGAUCAGAGAGCCAUUUGUAUUGUGUGGAUGUGUAAAUCCAUGAGCUAUUCAAUGGAUUUUAUGCAUUUUUCACGGAACAGCAUAGCUGUGUACUGCAUUACCUUCAUCUGAAGCAUAAACAUUUCAGAUUACUUCAGUCAAGGUGUUCUAAAAUGUGCAGUAUUAUCAGCAGUUGUAUACUACAAGUUUAGUCCUGAUAAAGCCAGGGUAGUGCAGGGAAAAGUGCUGGUUUUGAAAUACUGAAACUGAAUUAUCAACCUGAGAAAUGAUUUGGUCAAAUCCUGCCAAGGGGAUCCUUCCCAGAGGGAUCACAUCUAUGAGGAAUCAUAAACGUACUGAAGUUGACUUGAGGGAUGCUUUUUGGGCUGAGUCAUCAUCUCAUCUUGGCACGCUCCCUGCAAGUGUGUCAGCCUGCAGCAGACAGGGAGACUUCUGUCCAGCCAUCUGGGACAGCUGGAACAUGAUUUCCCACAUCAUCCUCUGCCACCUUCCUAUUUGACUUGUUUGCUAAUAUGAGCUGCCUUACAAUGUAGCUGACAUCUUGCUUCUGUCAGGCAGGGAGGGUCAUGUAUUAUUUCCAUUUUUUUUAAUUAAUUCCCAAGAUGAGCCAUUACCAUGCAGUGAUUAAGAUGUACUUAAAAAUCAUUUGAAUGGAUGGCUUCCUUGGUUCAUUAAAGGUUUUAGAAAAGUUCAUUUGAAGAACCUCUUGACCUGUGACAAACUACUGCACGUUAGUUGCUAGCUACUUUAUGAACAGGCAUGAGAAAGAGGUUGCCUUUCCACUAACACCAGUGCUCUGUCUGGCUCAUAGGAAAGGCAUAGCUGCCAAUUAAAAAAAAACAAACCACCAGAGAUUUGACUUUAUUCAUGAAAGCCGUAAGUCAAUGGUGAACUCAGAUUAUGAACAAGAAAUGAAGUGUGGUUGGGAUUUUUUUUUUUUUUUUUCCUCAUCUACGCCGUGCCCCGGUCAUUAUUCCGACAGUCCUGUUCUGUAUAAAUGUUGCUUUGUGCAGCCUUCUGUUCCUGGCCAGACGCAGUAGUUGUUGCUGUGGCAGGACCGAGCAGGGGGUUGCAGUUGUUGGCCUGGGCGCUGGCUCCACCUCUUGGCCGCUGAGCCGUGCAGCAACCGCCGCCCCAGGCUCCUGCUGAGCUGCAGGGGUGCUGUGGGGUUUGGAGGGACGGUUGGAGUUCUGGCCUCUCACCAAUACCUAGGCGCAACCUGUGCACAUUAUGCGGGAACAUCUCGGGAGACAUCUGUCAACGUACUACUCACAGUGGUUGUAGUUUAAAACGUUUAUUGGUAGUUAAAUGGAUUAUCACCCGUGGUAUGUUUUAUGCAGCUUCUGGGAGACUCAGUAUUGGCAUCCAACUCGGUGUUGCUGUCUGCAGUUAGUGUACAGUUAAACUCUUCCUGUAUGUCUACAUCCCUAACUCUGCUGCAGUUAGCUGCAAUGUAAAGCAGCGCUUCUGAAUCUUUUGCUCGCCUCGCUGACAUUUUACUUUGUUCCUCUGUCACCUCAGCUGUUUUAUCAAAGGCAGCAUCUGGCGUGUGUAGCAUGCACUAAGUGACUGGGGAGAAGAUUAUGCAUUUUUUUUAAUCAAUAACUGGUAUAAAUCUUUAAUUUUCAGAAAUGUUUCAUACAAUUUUGGCUCCAUUGUGAAACACCUCUUCUCUGCAAGUAGGAAGUUAUAAAAUUAUUACAUAGGAAGACUUGAUUUCUACCAUGUUUUGUAUAGCAGCACCUCACACUUCUGGGAGUCCUAACAAUUUUCCUGACUAGUGUGAGAAUGUUUUAUUUAGAAUUUGUAUAAAGCAAGAGUAGACUGAAGCAGCAUACACAAAGUAACAGGUCAGCUGCUAUUUUUUUUGUCUCUGUAAGCUACAGGAGCUGUUUAAACCCAGCCAGUUCCCUUUAUUCUUAUGAAUAAUAGGUAAAAAUGUACUCCAGCAUAAAACUAAGGCAGUCAAAUGUUUGUUAACAUUAUUUCAUAGUUCAGAACACCAUUAUUUCAAUGUUUGCAUAUUAUGCAAAGACAGCUGAAGGGCUUUGCAGUGUUACUGUUUACUAAGGAAUAAUUGCAUUCCUGCUGCUGCGUGGAGGAAUGUAAUGCUUUUUUUUUUUUUUUUUUUUUUUUAGUCAAUAGGCUUACAAUAUAGAAGGUAAUCUAACAGCUGAGACACUGACACAACAGUAUCUCUAACACCCGCAGACUACUUUAUGGGUAGGACAGGUGUCAGUCACCUCUUCCUGACACGUAAACUGAUUCUGUGGUGGGGGUGCUAAAGACACCAAGGCAGAAUGUGAAACUGGUGAACAGAUGCCAAGAAGGCUGUUUCUUGUUUAACAAUUAUACUUUAAUGAGGGGAAAAAAAAAUCAACCAGCAUAAAAAUAAGAAAUUUAUUCAAUACUUUCAAUUAUUUAACCGUCUCAUUGUAUCUUGGCCCUCUCACGUGUUGGGGCACUUCCCUGGAAAAAGGUCACUUUCUGCAGAAUUUACUGAACAGCUGAGUUUCAGUCCUGGAGAAGAAAGGAGUCAGCCUCUGCACAGGUUCAAAGCCGAUAAGCUGCUUUCACAGAGUAGCCCACUUGUACCAAUCUGUGCUGGAAAAGACCUUUCAUCAGCUCUUAAAUGUAUCCAAGCUGUGGUUCUGGGCUUGUGAAGAGGCAACUGCAUGGGAGAGGAGGUGUUGGGUUUGUUUUUGUUUUUUUUUUUAAUUAAAGUAACCGAUACUCUUCUGUCCAGUUUCUUCUGGUUGAUUAUAGUUUCUUGUCAUGGUACUGAAACCAUUCCUUUUGCCCUCAGCUGUUUCUGGGUGAAAAGCUUUCCCUUUCUACUAUAUAUUCAUAGUCCUAACACUAAUUCAUUCACGCUUUUACUGUUCUCCUUAGUAUUGAUUCUAGCUUGUCUACCUAAAAUAGCUGUUUUAUUUUGGGUGCUGAAAGGGUUCUUCCAUCUUCAGGGCUGGUAUCUGCCAUUCAGAACUGGCUCAAGCUGAAAUGAAGAAGAGAUUAAAUCCAGGUAAGUGGGUAGUAAGAACUUAUAGGAUAGAAAGGAACAAGUGACAUGUAGUAAGAGUUGUUGUUAUGCUCAAUUACAAAAAAUCUAUGAAGGGAAAAAUAACAUCAAAUAUUUCUGACAUUAUCAAAAAGCUGUGGGGAAAAGUAUUCUAGCAUUUCAGAUACAGUUUUCUCUUAGAUAUGCUACCUUGAAGAAAAGAUGUAACGUUCUUCGUGUCUGAUGGUAAAUUCUCAUGAAGGAGGAGAGCAGCAGCAUUAUUACAAAAGCUUAUGGGAUAUGGCUAGUUCGACUAUCCAGCGGAAGGUCCUUGACAAGAAUGAGUUUCUAGAAAGUAAAGUAGUGUGAAGGUAGCUAUUGCUGACUGAAAUUUUCUCUUUUGUUCUCAUGACCUUAGAUGGCUAUCAGCUAUGAUGCGUGACUAGUCUGGCCAUUACAAACUCUUUCACAAUAUCAAAGCUAAUUCUCCCUCACUGCACUUUGGUCUGUUACACUUCCUUCUUUUCAGUGUGUUUACACAUUUAAAGACUUAACCCAUGUCUGUCCUCAGCCCUUCAAUUCCCUGCUCCCCCCCAAGAGACCUCUGGACUUUUCUCAGCUGGUUCACAACUUGACUAGAGCAUGGUGUCCAAAAACAGAUACAUAAAAUAAGCUGAACAGAGAAGAAUUAUUUCUUGUCUUAAAUAUGUUUAUUCAUGUGUACAUCCCCAGUAUAUUUUGCUUGUUUAAUAGCAUGCUUUUACAGCAUGUUAUUGUUAACUGAGCUUGUGAUCCACUGUAAUUCCAAUCCCUUUCCUUAGAAAUGGGACAAUGUAAACUAGCAGCACUGGCUGACUUCAAUCUUUUGGCUACCAAGCCAUCUCAGAUUUAAUAAAAUGUGUGUCUAUAUUUCAUGUUCAGAUGUUGAAGACUUUAUAUAAACUAUUGACGUUAAAACCCCUUACUGCCUAUAAGAUACCACCCAGAAAUUUCAUAGCCAUCUACUGCUUACUCACUGGCAGAUAAUGACAGGUGGCAUUAUUACUGAGUAUGGCAGUGUGCGUAUGUGCUGUACAUACAUAGUGCAUGUGGUUUUUUGAGGUUUUUAAUUUUAUGGCUAGCACAAUCAUCACAAAGAUAGUUAUUCCCUUCCUUAGUGGGUGAGAAUUCAGCAAAUACUUGUAAAUAUUUUUUUUAAGCAUACCACAACUAUGUAGUCACCAAAUCACCCUUUGGUGGUGAUAAUAAAUUUACAAAUGCAAGUUAAUUUCAUUUCAUUGCAUAUAUUCAAAACCCUACCCUGUUUUCUCAUUAUCAAGCCUUAGCAAACAUGGAGCAUAUAAAGUUAGGAGUGUAAACUCAAGUGCUUCAUUCCAAGCAAAAGCAUAAUUGGCUCUUCCACAUGAUUCCAUCAUUUACUCAGAGUAACUGUUUUCAUUGCAGUCUUGUAAAAAUGUAAUUACAUCUCCAGUUGUUAUUUGGGCAAGUGUAUCAGUAAUUAGCAUGGCAAUCAUUUGUAUGCGUGUUUCCUUUCAUGUUCUCAUUCAAUGAAAAGAUACAAUCAAAUAGCAAAUUUCAGAGAAGGCUCUGUCCUUUUUAUGUCUAAACUAAGGAAUAAGAUAAUGUAGAUGAAUAAAAUAAGUUUUGGGGAUGUUCUUGGUCAUUUCUCUUAAGACAGCAAUAGGUGAAUAGUCAACAAUGUUACUCCAGUGGUACAAGUUAUCAUUGUUUAUAUAUCAUUAUUUACAUAGCGAUUUGUAGUCAAUAUCAUAGUUGAAAAAAGGUACUGUACACAGAAUAUCCAGUGGAAACAGUUUAAUUAAAAACCUGUAGAAAAGAUGUAUAGUGCAAAUUAGUGACUAUACAUAAUACAGAAACUGCCAAAUACACAGCUGCUAUCUCCUAACUGGUGAGGUGUUUGAGAUCACUGCCAUUCUCCAGCACAGCCAGCCGCUUGUUCUUUGGAUACGUGUGUUGAACUACAGCCAAGUUGGGUGGGAGCAAGGUAACGCAUACUGGAAAUGGCAACUGCACGGUUCCACUGUGUAUAUAUAUAAUAGUGCACUAGCUCUGAAGAAAAUAGGAGGGGACUAAAUCUUAUUACUAACAAGUAUUUUAUUACUAAGAAGUAUUUUUGAGCUGUGGGACUUACACAGUUGUUCUUUUUCUUUUCACAAGAAGUCAUCUUUCCUUAUAAUUCUGCACUUCCCAAGUAAUACAGAUACAGUCAGCAGACCAGAUGACUCCAGUCUCUUUUAAAGAGAGUCCUAAUAAAAAAAGACUAGUCCUGAAACUAGUGUAGAGUCCCAGUCUGGUUUGUGCAGCAGUGUGCAAUGCAGCAGUGCGUGCACUUUCACCAAAAAAUGUGAGGAUCCGUAACUAAUUUGCACAAUAACAACAGAAAGGGGUGAGGAUUAUAAUGCCAAAAAUUUCAAGGCACUACUGCUCUCUUCAGGCUUUUCAGCUUUCUUUGCAUUUUUAAACAGAUUCCCAGAAGACAGCUAUCCAGUUGGCAGCUGCAUUAAAACACAAAUAUUGAUAAUCCUGAAAUUCUAGGUUAAGUCUAAAGAAGAUAGAUUUCAUUAAAAGAGACUGAAAAGUACAAAAAUAGGUCACUAUGUUGAGCGUAUCUAUAUAGUACGUAUUACUGGUAAUAUGAAUCCAAAUGCAUUAUUCAGACACAAAAAAACCUGAAACUAGAUUAGUAUCUGUGAAGUGGAACUGCUAGGGCCACUCACACCCCAUUCUGCAGUAUCCUUCUGCCACCUGCAGAGCGAGUUCAGAGGCAAUAAGGCAGUCGGGACUGUGACUGAGCGGGCUGUGGUGUGCUGCUGAGUGACCAGCAGAAGGGGAGAGAGAGACGAGCAAGAAGAAUCACGCCAGGAAUAGGAUCAUUGUUGCUCAUGCCCGCAGUCAGUUUUAUGUUCUCAUGUGCUCUUGCCUAACAGACACGUAAGUACUGGACUAAUGCAGUCAGAAUAUUCAGGGUGAAAAGAAACAAAACUUACCACUGAGGAGGAAUUUCCACAGGGACAAAAUUUCGGUUGCACAAAUGAACAAAAGCUGCUGCUAAACUGCAGGCAGCCUUCAACUCAGGGGAGUCGCAGGUGUCGUACGUACACAUGCUGUAGAACGGUUCAGGGUCCACCUGCAACAGGAAGGGGAUUAUUUAGAGGAGAGGUGUGCAGGGUGCCAGCAUACACCUCUUGUGGAGCCAAGCAAUCUGGCAGUACAGCUGCAGGUGAGCUGAAAGGGAAAUUUGAUUUGUGUCUCCAGCCCACCCUCGUUAGGCACAUUCACCAACCUUUAUUCCCCUCCUAAUACUGAGGGGUUUCUUUGUAUUUCCAAAUUCUAGACCUGUAUGAUAGAGUGGUGCAAAGUCACGCUACUAUUUUGUGGAUGUCAAGGACCUUAAUUUAUAUUUAUGGUGCUUUAACACCUUUUUUUUUUUCUUCUUUUGGUCCGGAUCCUUGUUCUAAUUCCUUCUAGUGUUUUCCACAAGUAAACGUCUGUAUCCUUGCAACAGCUGUGCGGACUCCUUUGAAGUAUGACACUUGGGCAUUCAGCUAGUCCUCUGGGGCUGCAGUCAUACUUACAACUCUGAAGCAGUUCCUGAGAAGUGAAUGUGAGUCUUCAAAAAACACUUUACAGACUUUUUGCUUGGCUGUAAUUGGACAUGGCUUCGCUUUCUUCUGUAUGAGACUGCACUCGUUCACCUGGGAAAACAAAAUUUAUCAAGUUGGGGAUUUUCAUUUGGUUUUUUUUUUUUUUUUAAACAUCAGUGUAGCGUGAAUUCUUCAGAUUUCCAGUGUGAGAUGGUUUGAUGGAUGAUACAGGCAGCUCAGUCAGUACACUGCUCCGAUUAACAUUUAUUGUUCGUUAGUAUUGAUAAGUACCUUGUAUGCUUCAUAAACAAAAAUGUAUGUCUCACAAA